AUGUCCAAACAUGCCCGUCCAUGCUGUCUUAAAGGAGGCCCUCAAGCGGAUAUUCUUGAGUCUGCCUUUCCUCCAGAUAUGCGCGUAGAGUUUUCAGCAGCACUCGUAUCCCUUUUCCAUCGUGUGUUCUGCGGUCAGGUGGUCACCGGUCUGAAAAUCCUGCUUGGGGCGGUUCUGUUGUCCAUAUCGAAAUUGGGUUUUGAAGCUGAAGAAAAAAUUAGUCUAUGGUUGGUGAGUGGCGGGCCGCGACGACCUCACUUCUUCCUGGGCUCGAAAUUCAUUAGUCUAUGCGCGUAUGUGGGUUGA